AUGGAUCUCAGUGCGUCGGAUGGGAAUUGGGCUGUCGAAGAUGUUCCUCUGGUUGGUCGAGACAUGGCCGGGACACAAUGUCCGGUGGCGACAUCAGAUCAGAGCGAAUCCGAUCCCGAAAACGAUCUGAUGUCGAUCGAAGCCAUUGGAGAGGACCUACAAACGAAGGUACUCGAGUUGAAGGGGGCCCUCCACAAAUCGGAACCGCACGUGAACGUCCGCUUCUUGAUGGAAACUCAAGGGGACGUGCUGGCUUGCGUGGCCAACGAUCUGUCCACUUUGCCCACAAAUCAAAUUUGUCUCCUACUCAAAUCCUUCUUGGCCGAGAAAUCGAAUCGAAUGCUACAAUGUGACUUGGCUGUCCUCUUCCGACAUCUCGUGUUCGCUCAUCUCGGUCAGCCACAUGCCACGGUGGGCGCGACGAUUCUAUCGUACGGGGCUGAACUCGCUUCCCGAUGGAGUCGCUUGUUCGUCGAGAAUAUUCUUCUGCCUUCCCUCAAAAACCUCGGAGGAACCCUCGAGACGUUUGUGAAGAAGUCACUCAAAGCAAUCGAUGGCAGAGAAUCUCUCGGAGCGCUUUCGCUCCUCUUGAAGAGCUUAGCCGAGGAAAUCGAAAAUAUUCCAUCUGAGAAAAUGGAUCGAGUGCUGAGCUUGGCCGAGGUGCUCGUCGUGAACUGCGAGGACUUCAACGGAGAGAUAUUCUCAAGACUGAGCAAGGUGUUCCACACCCACGAGGGGAUGCUCGUCAAGAAUCGCGUUUUCGCGAAAAUUCUUUUGGAUAUCGUUAAACGCACAAAACAUUUGGAAGCGCACGUCGCGCUUGUCGGAGAGAUCUUGAGCGGCAUGACUCAUCCGAUGAGGAAUAUCAUUCAGAAACUGAUCGAUACCAAGGGUUCCCAUGAGAACUAG